UGUGUACGUAGCUUGUGUGUGCCCAUAUAACUAGGUAGACAUGUUUGUUUUAGCGGCUACUCACAGUCCUGAUAUCUCUCGGAGGCCGUUCCAUCUACCCGAUUCACCCUCACGCAAGCUGUUCCAAGAACCUGCCUCACCCUCUUAUAAAUCAAAAGGAUCAAUAAUUCUAAGCCCUACCUCAUCUAUGAGGGAGGCAUUUUUUAAUGACCAACAAUUUUCAAAUAAAGGAGUUAAAGUUAUAACAAGUACUACCCAGCCUAAAGGAAAAAUGACUGAUGAAAGCGGAAAAUCUAAAGGGGCGUCAUUAUUUGAACGUCAACAGGCAAGAUUGGCGAUAGAGCGCCAAGAGAGUGUUGACAAGAAUAUGGAUAAAACAAUGGAUGAACUUGUGGAACAGAAUAUUAAAUCAGAUAUACCCCCUGAAAAGAUUGACUUGCGGGGUGGCGUUUCCCCAGGGUCCCAAAAACGAACAUUUGCUUCCCCUGGCACCCAAAGAAAAUCAGUUAAAAUCUCCCCUGCUCCCUCGCCCAGCUCUCAAAGGAGAGCCCCUGUUAAAAUCCCACCCCAGCCGUCACCAAAAUCCCAGAGGAAAUUCCUUCAGAACUUGAGUAAACUAUCAGAGGGUAAGAAUGAUGGGACUGUUGUGCAUUUGGUGAAACAGGAACCUGAGAUGACAUUAACUGAAGUUAAACGGACAUCAGUCGACGAAACUAUCAGAGAGAUUGAGCAGAUAAAUUUAUUUGAAGAACGAUCACGGAAAACGAUCACAAAUUACGAAAUGGCGUUAAAGACCGAUCAUGAUGAUGUCCCUUUUGCUGAUGAAGGUAGUUCCCGCAUGCCAACUGUGAUGUCAUCAAUAUUGCCAUAGUAACCGUUACAUGCCACGCUGUUAUAUUGUGAAGCUUUCUAGCUGAUAUACUAACAUCCAACACAACUAAUAACUACACGCUAUUAUUCUGCUGCGCAACAUUUAUGGACAUCUGAAAUCUGAAUGUGACUGUUUUGUAUGAGUUUGCCAAUUUCAUAAUUUUUUGUUUUGCGACUAAGUCAUAACUAUCAAAUUCAUGAUCAUUGACCCCUCAUUUCACAUGACCUUUUCACUUGCACUUUGACAAACAUGCAUCACGGAGGACUAUUUCUCAUGAAAUAUUUGACAUUGUAUAGGGCAU